AUGUCAAAACUGGACAAAAGAGGAAAACAUGAACCAAAAAAUAAAAAAUCAGAAGACACUUUGAAAGCCAUCCAUGCAUUCAUACAAAAACUACCAGCAGUCAAGUCGCAUUACUGUCGCGCUUCUUCAAACAGAAAGUACUUGCCAACUGAAAUUGAAAACGUUAGUAGAUUGUACAAAAUGUAUACAUCUUACUGUACUUCAAACAAAUAUGAAAUAGUAAGCAAGACUAUGUUCCGAAAAAUUUUUUAUUCAAAAUAUAAUAUUGGUUUUCAUUCCCCAAAAAAAGACAAAUGUCGUUUUUGUUCGAAGUAUGAAAACAUUAUGAGUGAAAGGGAACUAACUGAAGAGGAACAGAAGUUGAAAACCAUUCACGAAGAAGAAAAAUAUGCGGUUAAGGAAAUGUUUUUAUUUGACCAACAGUUGUCCAAAGCAAAAGGAAAUUUUAUUUGUGUAAGUUUUGAUUUGCAAAAAGUAUUGAACACACCUCAGGGCCAAAAUAUGAACUUAUACUAUAGUCGUAAGUACAGCAUGUUUAACUUAACUGUGUAUGAAUCUGGCCCACAGAACGCGAUAACUUACUUAUGGGGUGAAACAAACGGAGGCUGA